AAUGUGUUAGUUAAUACCCGACAAAUAGAACGAGUUUAAACUUUGAACAGCAGCUCUAAAGGUCCACAGAUCAAUACAAGCCAUACACGAAAACAUUGUUGAUAAAUUUACCAUCUGAAUUUCAAAAUUAAAGAGAUUUAAUUUUAGGCAAAUAUCGUUUCUGAAAUGCACAGACGGAAGAGGUGAUAUUGCAACCGCUGGGAUUUAGGCAUUAGCUACGUUAAUCUAAAUGGAGGUCAUUUACGGACAUUGUUAUUAGUUAUUAGCUAUUCACCGAAUUCUUGAAAGCCGUUCUAAUAUUGCUUAAGUCGCUGAUUUCUUAAUUCUUAUCCACUUUGGUGUUUCCUUUUAGACUCUCCACAGUUCAGUUUAGUGAAGUGUGUAGUUACUUUAUGACCUCGAAAACGAUACAUUUCCAAGAAUACUUUAUCAGGGAAAGAAAGUUGAUCUUGAUGCAAGUGUGAUGACAUUUCAAGUUUAAGUGAAUGUGUUUUUUUAUUAAAAUCCAUUUUUAAGAUCUUUGAUUUUAUCGUGUCACCAUAGUUGCUGAGCCAAAAGUGUUGUUGACUGUUUAGUACCAGCAUGGACAACUGAUAUGCAUGUAAACUUCUGCUAUAUUUAAUGUAGAAAAAAUAAUUCUUUCCUCCAUUAUGUACCACAAACUCAGAAAGUGAAAUUUGCAGAGAUAUUUUGAAAAUACGAGAAACCAUCCACAUUACUUAACUGAAAGAGGCUUCUUUAUAACAGGUCAACAAGUGGCCAGUGUUUAUUUGCAUUUGUAACUGGAUAGUGGAUAACAGUGUUAAUCGAAUCACAUUUCAGAAAUUUCGCUGAGCACUGGAAACCAAUCGCAAAAUUAUGACAACUUCGCAAAAUUGUUGGUUUACAUUAUCCGCUCACGUACACACAGGAAAGGGCAUUCAUUCGACUUAUAACGACAAACGACGACAUUUGAAACUUUCCACACAUAUAGAAGUAUACACACCAUCUGUUAAAAUAAAAUCUGAGCUGACCUUUACCCUCCUACUCUAAACAAAUUGUAUAUACAUCCAGUGCAGAAUCAGCAUCCUGAAUCAAUCGUGUGUUGAUUGUUUAUAACGUUUCGAUUUCAAAUGUGAAAACUGGGUGGGUCAAUGCGCAUUAUCUUGUUCGGCUUCGUUUGAGUCAAUGUAUAAAAGACGCAGCUAAACGCCAUUAAAUCACGAGCUGCUUGUUGAAGGAGCUUGGUCGCAGACGAGAAAAUGGUCAAGAUUCUUCUAGUCCUGUCGGCGCUUCUGUGCCUGACAUGGGGAUGGGAAACGGGUAAUCAGUACGUGUAUAACUACGUUGGACGCUCUAUGGUUGGCAUUUACAAAAUGAAGCAGCAGAAUGCUGUGAUUGAAAUGCAAAGUCGCGUCAUCGUACAAAACAUUGAUGCGAACACCAUCGUCGUUAAGAUGACUGAGAAUAGCUUAAGACGCCAUGGAAACUACCUUGGAGAUGCUUUCGAGAUUGGUGGAAGUGGUCCUGAAAUGAUUGAUGGAGAAGAGGACAAAAUCCCCAGCCCAGAAAUCCUCAGCGCUCCUUUUGUGAUCUCUCACAAUAAAGGAUCGAUCACUGGAAUUCAAAUGGGUGAAGAUGAGCCUUUGUGGAUCGUCAACAUCAAGAAAAGCAUCGCCAGCCAGUGGCAAUUGGAUAUCACAGGUGUCCGUCAUGAAGGCCCUUCUGUUAACUGGGAAGGUAUUUGGGAAGGUCAAAGCGCAACUUUCACCGUCUCUGAGGACUCUUUGAGUGGUGACUGCAGCACUAUCUACGACAUUGAACGCCUGCCCUGGGCUCAGGUCUACACAAUGGAGGCAUACAAAAUGGGCUCUUGGGACGCCGUUUGCCAGGACAAGCCCGUCUACAAAAUUGUCAAGACUAAGGACUUUAACCGCUGCAAGACUAACCCCGCCUGGGCUUCGGCUACUCCUGCUUCCCACAGCUGCGAGUUUGGCAAAGGCAACUGCGAAGACUUCAUGCAUCGCACAACUAUGGCCAGAUACGUUGCUUGCGGUAAAUCCUGGUCCGAUCUACUUAUGGUUCAUGCUAACGGUUUCAGCGAUGUGUGGGUUCAGCCCUUCGCCACCAAGACCGAUGAGUUGCUCAACUCGGUCAUCACCAAAUGGUCCUUUGAAAAGAAGGAGGCCAUCAGGUCCUGGUUCGCAGCUCCGUCAUCUCCUAAGAAAUACAAAACCCUUUCUUACGUCUGGGGUGACUUCAAGCAAUGGACUGAAGAUGGAACCCCCGCCCAGCCCAACCUGGUGGAUGCUUACUGGAAGAGCCCAUUCCCCAUUUCAGUCGUUCGCAAGAACAUCAUUGAUGCCCUCCGCGUUGUCACAAGGGAUCUCCAAGAGAGACCCGAUUCAGAGAAGGACAACUUGGAACGUUUGGCCGUCAUUGGUCGCGUUCUACCCAUGUUUUCUUUUGACGAAUUAAAGUCCUUGUGGCAAGAAGUUAAAGCUAUGGAUUGGGUCACCAUGGGUUUGUUUGUUGAUUGCGUCGUCCAGUCUGGCAGCAACCCCGCCAUCAUGUUAGUCAAGGAAUGGAUUGAGACCGAACAGAUUACCGGAGCCAAGGCCACCUGGGCUUUGGCCGCUAUUGGCUACUUUGCCAAGACCCCCACUCGCGAGCUCCUUCAUGAAUUGAUCAACUUGUUGAAAUCUGCCCCCGUUCAAUCCGACAGAGCUAUGUUGCACAGCACUAUGAUGACUGUUGCCGAUUUGAUGAACGCCGCCUGUGGUUCUCGUUUCGCGGCCUCCAAGCGCUUCCCCAUUUCCGCCAUGGGCAACUUCUGCGACAGCAAGGACACCGUCAUCAUCGAUGAAUUCUUGCCUUGGCUCACCAAGGAACUCGAGUCCAGUCAGAGCUCCGUUGAACGCAUCGUUGCCUUGUCCGCCUUUGGAUCAUUGGGUCUCGAGGAAAUCGUUCCUGUACUGCUGCCCAUCAUCCGUGGAACUCCAGGCAAAUUCGAUGACACCGCCGAGCGUGUUCGCGCCAUUCUUUCUCUCCACCGAGUUGUUUUCACUGUUCCCGAAAAGGUCCACCCCAUCUUGGCAAGUUUGGCCAGCAGUGUUUCUGAGCGCCCUGAGGUCCGUAUGGCUUCCUUGGGACUCCUGUUGAUGUCGAACGCUCCCCAAACCUGGUGGCAGAAGUUCGCCAGCAUGACUUGGUUCGAACCUAGCCAACAAAUGGCUACUUUCACCAACAGCCUGAUCGAUUCGUUGACCAAAAUUCCGGCUUCUACUCCUCUGUUGCAGCAAUUGAUCAUGAAAGCUAAAGUUGCCUGGCCCCUGCUUAAGUCCGCUCCUUUCGGCCUUCCUUACUCUUUUGCUGAUAUCCGUUCCAGCCAUUUGGAUGAAGGCAUCGCCGUCAUGAUGCACACUCCCAGCUACCGCGUUGCUACCGAGCAAUGGCCCGUCUAUUUGGCUAACCGUUAUUACUAUCAGCUUGGCCCCUUCUCUUCUGAAGCUCUUAGCGUUUACCUGUGGAACUACAACAUGUCCGAAGUCUGGCAAAACAUUUUCGGCAAACUUUACGGCAUGAUGUCUCCCAAAGAAGGCGUUCGUGAGAAGUUUGAAGCUGUCAAGGGAAUUUGGGAAGAGCUCAACGCCACUCCUCGUCCUGCCGACAAACGCGCCGGACUUUUGCACAUCAACCUGAUGGGCUCCAUCAACCGUUUCAUCAACUUGGAGAAGUUAGAGAAAGACAUCCCUACUUGGAUGGCCGAGGCCAUGAAGUACCAAAACCAACCUUACCAGGUCAGCGUUAACAAAUACCGCAUGUUGGCUGAAUACAACGUCCGCUACCCUACCGAAAUGGGUCUGCCCAUGCGCUUCUUGGCUACUCUGCCCAUCCUUGUCUCCAUGCAAGGCAUCGUGAAAGGUGACGGCAAGGGCGGUAUCAAGUCCGACAUUAACGCUGAAUUGAGCUGGAAGCUGACUUCCGAGAUCCGUGUUGAUCUUCCCCUCAACGGCAAAUACAUCGCUUCCGGAGUUGACGUCCGCGUCGAUUCCCGCCCGCCCAGAGAGAUGACCUUUAGCUACAAAUCCCCGGGCACGAUUAAGGUCACCUGGAUUCCUGGCUCCAAAGUCACCGAUCUCCUCUACUACCACGUCAAGCCAUACACCGUCACUCGCGGAUGGACCGACAGCGCCACGCCUACUCUGGAACAUGAUGCUACCCAUCUUGUCAGCGUCAACAAACCCAUCCAGCGUGAACUCCCUCUGGGUGAUCGUUUUGGCGUUAAUGUCAAGCUCAUUGAGAAGAGCGAGCUAACCCAUUCUGACAAAUGGUCUUGGUGGCAAUGGUUCCAAAAAUGGGAUAUCAACGGUUAUUCCAACCUCGGCUUCGUUCCCCAGGAGCUUCAAGCUCGAAAGUACGUCCUGCGUUACGAGCCAUCCGGUACCCGCGCCCGCUCUGUUUCGACCACUUUCCAAUACCAGUACGCCACCAAGUCUAGCCAAAAUACCUGGGUUCACGAAUCGGGAUCCAGCCAAUGGAAGACUCCUUCAGAAGCCGAAAUCAUCUCUUCCAGCCCUAUCAGCCCUGAAUUCCGCCCAGUUCUUGGACGUCUCUUCAAGAACCUGGAAAGUGGUAAUGCUCAGCUCAUGAGAGCCGGAGUGGUUGCUGAGCAGAAAGAUGGAUCUUUCAUCCAAUUCAACACCAUUGUUGGUCUGUCUAAGGAUUCUUGGUACACCAAGGACUUCACCGAUAUCCAAAUCGAAAAGUACACUUCUGACAGUUCCAACGCUCCCGCUACUAAGGAAUUCGACUACUCUGUCUGUUACACAGCCGUCCGUAAUUGGAACAAGCCUCCAACUUACGGCUUCAGCAAGGAUGUCCUGCAUUUGGAAGACGAAGAAAAGAUCGCUUUCGGAGAAAAAUGCGAUAAAUCCAAGAUUCGUUUCACUGCCAAGGCCUUCCGCGACGAAGAGGCUGCUCAGGCCGCCAUGUACAGCCCUGCCGGUCAACAGUGUCAGAAAGAUAUGGCCGCCGGAUUCAUGUACGGAAGCCCUGCUUGCACUGAAGCUCGCCGCAUGGAUCAUACUUACAACAACUACGAGUUGAGUGCCGAGUCCGCAGACAACUUGUCUCCUGCCGCCACUUACUGGAUCAACACUGCCCGUCAAUGGAUCAACCACAAAAUGUAUCCAUUCACCGUCAAGCACAUCCAAGGACAAUCCAACCCUGCCAACCGCGCUAGCUGGACCAUCAAACGUGAUCCUCACACCGGAGACAGCAACAUGACCUUUGUCCGUCCCACUGAAACCUUGGUGGCCUGGAAUGUCCGACGUGAAGAUUCUCACAACGAAUGGGCUCGCUUCUCUCCUUUGACUUAUAACUAUUCAAACAUCUUCUAUCCGUUGAACGCCGGUAGCAAUUUCAUCGGUGACGCUACCACCUUGACCACAGGUGGUGUUUCCGAUGCCAAGUGUUACGUUGGACCCGAUGCCGUCCACACUUACGAUAAAGCUAGCUACAACUACACCAUUGACGAGUGCCCCCACGUCUUGUUGACUGACUGCAGCCAAGACAGCAAAUUCGUCGUCACCGCCCGACAUGGUAGCGAAGGACAAAAGAUUGUCACCGUCAUCUACGGAAAGGAUACUAUUGAACUCGAUCCUUCCGGCUGGAUUAUGGUCAACGGAGCCAAAUCUGCUUACAAGGACUGGGAAACCGAGAGCCGUGUUGAGAUCCGCGUUCCUGGCACAAAGGAAAUUAAGGCUGUUAUCUACCCGAUUUCUACCGGUCUCGUUAUGGAGAUCAGAAGUUGGAACUGGAACUGGGGCUGGAACUGGGGCUGGAAUUGGGGAUGGAACUGGGGCUCGUCCUGGAACUAUAACUGGAACUGGAUGUCGAUCAAGGUCCAGGGAUCUCACGUUGAACUAUCGGCUCCCAAGUAUCUACAAGGUCAUGCUUGCGGUAUGUGCGGCGAUUUCAACCAAGAAAUCGUUGGUGAAUUCAUGACUCCCCAACGUUGCGCCGUUUCUUCUGGUGAACUCAUGGCCACCAGCUUUAAGCUGAAAGCCGGUAAGAGCUGCACCACCAACGACUGGUCCCGUCGUCUGAAGAAAGAGACCGAGACUUGCAAGUCGAUCGACCAACAAUUCCACGCUCAACUACCUGAUUGGACCAUGUAAGAAGACCUUUGUGACAAUUCAUAACUGAUUAUCCCUGUAAGCAUUAUGCACUUGUAAUGCUUUACUAUGAUGCUCUCUUAGUGGCUUUGUUAUGAACCCUUGUAGUAGUUAACUGUCAAUGUCAGAUCAGUUUAUAGAAACCCCUCAAAACAAAUCAAGGCACCAAAUUUGUAUAAAUGGUUUAUGCUUUUGUUUUUGACGUGAAAAUAUAAAAUAUGGGUAAUGCAUUA